AUGUCGUUUGACCAGCUCUCCAACCUCGAAUCCGGCCGUCGCGGGGGAUACGCCGACGACCCAGCCUUCCAAGAGUUGCAGUACGACCUCAAGAGCAAGCUGCAGGCGCUGCUGAGCAGCAACCGCAAACUCGCCAACGAUGUCAAUGUGCUGGGCACCAAGAAGGAUACCCCGCGCCUCCGCGAGCGAGUCCAUAACAGCAUGGAGAAGACCCGCGAGAUGUGCCAGGCGAUCGGCGAGGGAGUGAAGAGGCUUCAAACUUGGGAGGAUCUCACCAAGCAGCAAAAGUAUGAGCAGACCAAGGUCUCGAGCGACUUCCAAGCCGCCCUUCAAGAAUUCCAGACCCUCCAGCGACGAGCCCUCGAGAAGGAGCGCGCCUCCGUGACAGCCGCCCGCGCCGCCCAUGAUACCGAAGCACAAGGCGAGGCGCAACAGGGCGCACCUCUGGAGCAGUUGCAGCAGCAGCAGGAGUUGUCGCAGUUGGCAGCCCAGGGCGAGGUCGACUUCCAGGAGGCUCUUAUCAUCGAGCGCGAGGAGGAGAUCCGCAACAUCGAGCAGGGUGUCGGCGACCUGAACGUGCUCUUCCGACAAGUAGCGCAGAUUGUCAGUGAGCAGGGCGAAUCACUCGACUCGAUUGCAGACAAUGUCCACAACAUCCGCGAUGACACAAGGCAAGCCGAUGUUGAAAACCGCCAGGCCGCGCGAUAUCAAAAGGCCGCUCGCAACAAGAGCUGUUGUCUAUUGCUAAUCCUGGCGGUCAUCUUGACCAUUGUUAUUCUCGCGAUUGUUCUCGACUAG